AUGGCUGCCAUCACCACCCCCCUUCUGGCCCGUGAGGCCAUGAACCAGCUCGCCAAGCGUGAGAAGAACUGGGCCGCCCAAAACGUUGGUGUCAUGGUCGUCUUCUGCAUCGUCUUUGUCGUCGCUGUCGGUGUCAUCUCCAUCUUCGUCCACAAGGCCCUCCAGAGGCGCAAGGAGCGAAAGCCCACCUACUGA